GUGGGAUAUCCAAGAAUGUCACCGCCCCUCAGAAGAGAGAAAUAUGGCGAUUUGUGUACAUAGUAACUAGACAGACAUAGUGGUGAGCGUUGUGUGGAGCAAAGUAGACUAGGACAUAAUUUAUAUAUCUAGCUGUGGAGAUUGGCAAUACAGAAGCCUCCAGUACAUGAGAGACCCCCCACUGAGCCAUGGCUACCAACAGCAAACAACUGAUCUUGGUGGGCACUGAAUGCGUAGGCAGGUAUAACUUCCCAGGCUCAGCAUCACAUGACCUACCCUUCAAACGAGGUGACACUCUAACCAUCAUCAGUGCCUCUAAGGACCCUAACUGGUACAAAGCCAGGCGCACUGAUGGCCUGGAGGGUAUGAUCCCCUUCAACUAUGUCCAGGCUAAGAAGUCCCCUACUGGUGAACCUCUUCCUUCCUCAGCUACAAGUAGCUCCCCCACCAAAGUGCCCUCGGCUGUUGUAUCACAAAAAACAGCCGUUAAACUACAGAGCAUGCCAUGGUUUCACGGCAAGCUGACUAGAGAGGAGGCAGAAAAACUUUUGGAGAGAGGCAAAAAUGGCCAAUUUCUGGUCCGGGAGAGCCAAAACUUCAAAGGGGACUAUACUCUGUGUGUACUCUACGAGCACAAAGUUGAGCAUUAUAGAGUGAGAAGAAAUAAGAAGAAUUUUGUGACGGUGGACGAUGAAGAAUACUUUGAAAAUCUUUUUAAGCUUGUCGAGCAUUAUCAACACGAGGCGGAUGGUUUGUGCUCCAGACUAAAGUACUCGGUAGACAAGACUAAAGAUAUUGAGUAUGUGGUCAACAUGCAGGACUUUAAAGACAGCGGUUGGGCCAUUCCAAGGAGACACCUCACAAAGAAAAGUCAGAUUGGCAAAGGAGAAUUUGGAGAGGUGUGGCUGGGAGAGUACAAGGAGAUAAAAGUAGCCAUCAAGAUGCUUAAAGACUUAAAGGACGAGAAAGCAAGUCAGAAGUUUUUGCAAGAAGCUUCAGUCAUGACAACACUUCGUCAUAACAACCUGGUGUGCAUGAUAGGAGUCUCCUUGGAUGAGAGCCCUAUUUACCUAGUCACAGAGUUCAUGGCCAAGGGUUCACUUGUAGACUACCUCCGCUCCAGGGGAAGAGCUGUGGUCACUAAACAAAACCUGCUCGAUUUUGCCAGGGACAUUUGUAAAGGAAUGGUCUACUUGGAAUCUCAGAACUUUGUUCACAGAGAUCUGGCUGCAAGGAAUGUACUGAUAGCUGAAGAUGGUGCUGCCAAAGUGGCUGACUUUGGUCUAACAAGAGAAGUGUUCUCACGAUCAGAGGGGGCCAAACUGCCCGUAAAAUGGACUGCCCCGGAGGCAUUAAGAGAAAAUACAUUUUCAAACAAGUCUGACAUGUGGAGUUUUGGCAUUUUACUUUGGGAGAUCUAUUCGUACGGUCGAGUUCCUUAUCCCAGAGUGACUGUGGAGGACGUGGCACAACACGUGGAGAGGGGAUAUCGAAUGGACGCCCCAGACGGAUGCCCUGAGGCUAUUUAUACCAUGAUGAAAGAAGCGUGGGCGUCAGACCCGAGCAAACGCCAUAACUUUGCACGAGUAAACAAACAACUUGAGACCAUUUCAGCUACAUGAUAGCAACAACCUGUAUAGAUGUGUGUACACGUUUUGUUUUACAGUAUGUGACCUAGAACAGAGUGGAAUGUACAUGCAUGUCUCUAUGAUUACGAAGAUAAUUUCUAGGAAUACAGCUUUUUUGUGAUUUUUGUUAUAAAUGGUAGUUUGUGUUUUCCUCUCAUUAAUGAAGUUUUUGUUUAUUAA